CGGGCAAGCGCAGUACUCGUUACAUCCUGUAGGGGCGCACUCUGCAUCCGGCUGGCCACUCGAGCUUCACCAGAGGGACGCACUUCUUUCUCCGCAGCGCUUGAAACAAUCGAUUUUCACCGAGAAUGGACGCGGGAUUCUUCCGCGGUACGAGUGCGGAGCAGGACAACCGUUUCAGCAACAAGCAGAAAAAACUACUGAAGCAGCUGAAAUUUGCAGAAUGUUUGGACAAGAAGGUGGACAUGACCAAAGUCAACUUGGAAGUCAUCAAACCGUGGAUUACCCAACGUGUGACAGAGAUUCUUGGCUUUGAGGAUGAUGUGGUCAUUGAGUUCAUAUUCAACCAACUUGAAGAGAAGCAUCCUGAUAGUAAGAUGAUGCAGAUCAACCUGACAGGGUUUCUGAAUGGCAAGAACGCCCGUGAGUUCAUGGGAGACCUGUGGCCCCUGCUGCUGAGUGCCCAGGAGAACAUUGCUGGCAUCCCGUCUGCUUUCCUGGAACAGAAGAAGGAGGAAAUCCGACAGAGACAGAUUGAACAAGAGAAACUGGCUUCCCUGAGAAAGGUGGAUGAGGACAAGAAGGAUAAAGACACCAGAGAGAGGGCUCAGUCCAAGAGCCCAAGAAGGAGGAAAACCAGGUCACCAUCACCACGACGAAGGUCGCCUGCCAAACGGGAAAGAAAACGCAGCCCGUCACGCUCCCCAAGACGCAAACCCAGUCCGCUCAGUGCAAACUCACCCGCCCCACCUCUGAUGCAGUCUUCCACUAGAGCCUCACAGCAGCUUGUUGAAGCUGAUACUUCAGAGAAAGAGCCGACUGAGCCGGUUAUCCAAGAAGCUUCUUCUACUGGUGAUGCAGUGGUGGAGUUGGUAAAAGCUGACUCAGUUUCUGAGGUCAAAGAAACAUCCCCAGAAAAGUCUCACAAGAAAGAGGAGAGGCCGAGAUCUCGUGAAAAGGACGUGAGGAAGGAGAGACCUCACCAUCGUUCACCCUCCCCGUCUCAUUCCCGCUCUCACAGACGACGCUCUCGCUCAAGGUCGUACUCCCCUCGUAGAAGACAAAGUCCCAGAAGGAGAAUGUCUCCUCGACGAUGGAGUCCUCCUAGACGCGGCCCGGCUGGCUCUAGACAUCGACAUAGGCGUUCCCCAGUCCGCAGGAGACGCUCUCGUUCUGCCUCGUUUUCUGGCAGCAGCUCCUCUGGUUCACGUUCACCCAAAAAGCCUGUGAAGAGAAUAUCCCCCACGCCCCCCCGUAAACAAGUCCGCCGUUUUGACACGUCUAUCAGUCCCGCACCAAAGGACAAGCGAUCGCUGUCUCCACGAGCAAGAAGAGGCCGGAGGUCUCCUUCCCCUCUCAUGUCAUUGGGUUUAAAGCAAAAACAAAGAAGAAUGGAUGAUUCUCCACCUGCUAAUGCAAAAGCACGAGCUUCUGAUGGGUCUGACUCUGAGGAGGACAAAAAUGAAAAAGGGGCAACAGCCGACUCGGUGCAGCAGAGACGUCAGUAUCGCAGGCAGAAUCAGCAAUCUUCUUCAGAUUCAGGAUCUUCAUCAUCAGAGGAUGAGGGACCUAAGAGGUCAGCUACAGGGCCAGGAGCCAGAAACGGUGAAGUGAGGAGGAGGCGUAGCCGCACACCAUCACCUCGUAGGCGGCAUCGGGACGCCUCCCCAAGAAGAAGACGUUCUCCAUCUCCUGGACGUAGACGUCGCUCUCCAUCUCCCCCACGCCGCCGCAGAUCUCCCUCUCCUAGACGCAGGUCUCCUUCACCGCCACCACGUCGUAGAUCUAUGUCCCCCAGACGUUACUCUCCUCCCAUCCAGCGCCGCUACAGCCCCUCACCUUUGCCUCCAGCAAAGAGGAAGUUGUCUAGCUCACCCCUGAGACGCUCCUCUCCAGGUUCCAAGCGACGUUUCUCUAGGUCUCCUAAACGCAGAAGCUCUCCUGGUCCUAGACGGCGCUCUCCUCCUUCGUCCACAUCUCCACCCCGUCACAAAAGGAGCCCCAUGCCAGCCAGGCCAGGCAGGGACACACGAUCCCCUGUUGCGUCUGCCAGACGCCUGUCCCCAUCACCUGCAAACCGCAGUCGGGCUGUCAGACGAUCCACGAGUCCCCAGGGACGCUUUGCUUCUUCUAGUACAUCUCCAUCUAACCAGAGGCGACAGCCGUCCCCUUCACGCAGCAGCAAGCUCAUUCGCAGGGUGUCCCGCACUCCAGAACCACACAGGAAGAGAACUUCACCAAGUCCUAAGCAAAUGAGGAGAGCAUCAUCCAGAUCGAGGUCAGUCUCCCCCCUGCCAGCUCCGCAGAAAGGUCCAGCUCCUGCUUCCGCCUCCCCAUCUCCUUCUCGCUCAGUCAGUGGGUCUCCCCCACCUCCUCCAGUCAAAAAACCCAGUAGUGCUUCAGGCAGCCCGUCUCCAAGCAAGAUAUCAGAUGUUGAAGGUGGCGGAAAGAAAAAGAAGAAGAAGAAGGAAAAGAAACACAAGAAGGAGAAGAAACACAAAAAACACAAGAAACACAAGAAGGAGAAAAGCAGCGGGGGUGCUGUUCCGGGAGACGUAGCGGAGAAUCGCGGUGUGGAGGAGGAUGGAGAAUCAAGAAAGGACUCAGACAGUGACGCCGACGACGGCUUGGACGAUCUGGAAAAACAUCUUCGAGAGAAGGCCCUGCGCUCGAUGAGGAAGGCCCAGAUGUCUCCAUCACAAAUGUCAUGAGAACAAGAAAGUUCUGAGUUUUCCUAUUUUGAUGUUUCUCAUCAACCUGGUUCAGCUUUAGAAUGUACAAAUUGUCGAUUCUUGUUUUUUUUUUUAAUUGGUUUGGUACAUUCUGGAGAGUUUUUCCUUCACUUGAUUUGUGGGAUAGAUUAUUAUCUAAACUGUAAAGAAACUUGUGUUAAUAUUUUGAAUUUGUUAAGCAAGAAGAACGUUACAUUUCAGAGGUUUGAGUAGGGCAGGUUAAUGGUAUAUUUGUCUGUGUACAGUAGAUUCCAUAGAGAAAUGAUAGCACGUGCAUUGUCUCCGAUGUGCAUGAACCAUUGACUGGUGAGAACGCCAUCAAGUAAUCUGCUGUUACUAACGCCUUUUACUAGUGGAAACCAAGUCACUACUGUGAGUCCGUCAAGGCAGUAACAAAACGUCCGGUUUUAGAGAUGGGCAUCAUUUAACCUGCUUUUUUCUCCAACUUUGAAAUUGUCUUGUUUGAAGAUUAAAUCUAUCUUAAGGAUGAAACAUGUUUUAAUUUUUUUCUAAACUGAUUGAUAUGCAAUUUUUGUUAAAAACCCCUGUAUUGAGCUAAUUUCUGUGGGACUGCUAUAGUGUAUGGUUUGUAUUUAGUAACCUGGUUCCUGUCACGUCAUCCUUUCAGAAUUAAAACUUUUUUAGGAUCCGUGUUUAAA